ACUUUGUUCUGUAGACUACUUAUAUGAUUGGCCUUCCCUCUCACGCUGUUUCUAAUAUUUACAGGUCAACUUCAUAUUUUUCCUGGUCCUUGCCAUAGCCCAUAGUCAAGUUCAUGGUAUAUUUAAAAAUAGUAAAAUUCAAUAAAAGCAAAACAAAAUGAGUGAACUCAACACCAAAGAAGAAAUGGUUAAGAAACUAAAUGAGACGCUGGAAGUUGCUGACCCAGAAAUCUUUGAAUUAAUUACUAAAGAGAAACAUCGUCAAAGCAAAGGGCUGGAAAUGAUAGCAUCAGAAAAUUUUACUUCUAAAGCAGUCUUGCAAGCACUUAGUAGCUGUCUCCAUAACAAGUAUUCAGAAGGAUUGCCAGGAAUGAGAUAUUAUGGUGGUAACGAAUUCAUUGACCAAAUUGAAGUGUUGUGUCAAAAGAGGUGCUUGGAGGCAUAUGGCUUGAAUGCAGAACAAUGGGGUGUCAAUGUUCAACCUUAUUCUGGUUCACCUGCCAAUUUUGCGGUAUAUACAGGAAUAGUUGAGCCACAUGGGCGUAUCAUGGGUUUGGACCUUCCUGAUGGAGGUCACCUUACGCACGGUUUUUUUACAGCAACUAAAAAAAUUUCUGCCACUUCCAUAUUUUUCGAGUCGAUGCCUUAUAAAUCUGACCCUAAAACGGGUUUGAUUGAUUACGACCAGCUUGCUAUUACGGCGAGACUAUUUAAGCCGAAGCUGAUUAUUGCCGGAAUUAGUUGUUAUUCACGUAACUUGGAUUACGCCAAAUUUCGUACGAUUGCGGAUGAUGUAGGUGCUUAUUUAAUGGCCGAUAUGGCUCACGUCAGUGGUCUCGUUGCUGCAGGAGUCGCCCCUUCGCCUUUCCCCUACUGCGACAUUGUAACUACCACUACUCACAAGACGCUUCGUGGACCGAGAGCUGGUGUAAUAUUUUUCCGUCGUGGCCCAAUUAAUACGCCUGGUGGCUCCUAUGAUUUCGAAAAUCGAAUAAAUCAAGCUGUCUUCCCCGGCCUCCAGGGUGGUCCGCAUAAUCACGCAAUUGCUGCAAUUGCCAUUGCAAUGAAGCAUGCUAAAACCGAAGAUUUCAAAUCUUAUCAGCAGCAAGUCGUGAAAAAUGCCCAAGAGCUUUGCCGUGGGUUGCAAGAUCUAGGUUACAAGAUCGUCACUGACGGUACGGACAACCAUUUGAUUUUAAUGGAUUUGCGCACUGUAGGAUUGACAGGUUCUAAGGGUGAAAAGAUUUUGGAAGAAAUCGGGAUUGCUUGCAACAAAAAUACGGUUCCAGGUGACAAAAGUGCUUUCAAUCCAAGCGGAAUUCGCCUCGGAACGCCUGCUCUUACUACUCGCGGGCUUCUCGAAGCUGACAUUGUCCGGGUUGUUCAGUUUAUUAAUAGAGGGUUGCUGUUAGCCAUUGAAGUAUCAGCGAUUUCGGGUCCUAAGUUAGUUGAUUUUAAGCGGAUAUUGCUCGAAGAUCAACAGAUAAAUGCCAAGGUAAUGCAGCUAAGGUCAGAAAUUGAAUCAUUCGCCCUCGAAUUCCCCAUGCCCGGUUAUGAUUUUUGAAAGAGUUUUUUUAUGUUGAGUUUUUAGCUUUUUUUGGGGCAUUUUUUGUCCCUCUAUCGGGAUCAGCAGUAAUAAAUCGCUUUUAUCUUUUGUCGGGUCAGCAAUAAUAAACAUUACAUAUCUUGUAA